AUGGCCAGAGACAAAUUUAUUCCCGCCAAGCAGUUAAACCUGUUAGCAGCCGGUUGGAUCCAGUUUAACGUGCAUGACUGGUUUGACCAUGGGCCAGUAGAUGUUUCCAGACGUAUAAGGAUAGAGCUUGAUGAAGAUGACCCUGUUUAUAACAAACAUAAAGGCGAGAUGAAAAUUCCAAGAACAAAGCCAGACAGGUGUCAAAUGUGCUCGGUAAAAGAGCAAUCAGUUUAUCAUUUACGCCUAUGGUUAUUUUUAAAUGGUAACUGAUCGAGAGGUAUCGCGGUCAAGCAGUUAGAGCGCUGGACAUGUAAAUCGGAGGACCCGAGUUCAAGUCCUGCCUUAACAAGAUGGAUUUCUUCUCGGUAGUCCCGAGUUCAUUCUUAACCUCUUCCCCACUAGCAUUAAAUUAAUGUUAUAAUUGCUGCCCAGGAUAAAUAGAGGACUUAAACAUAUAUCCAUAUAUACAAAUAAGCCACUGACCUCCGACGAAGGCAAUUAAUUGAUUGCUAACAGGAAUGACUAUAUACUUACCCUGCGAGCACAGGCUACAUUUUCGCGGUAUGAUCGGGCGUGCGUGCUGGCGUGCUACUUUUCGCAUGCCAUCUCAUACCGCGAAAAUGUAGCCUCUGCUCGCAGGGUACUAUAUACUAUUUUCUAUUUGGUCGUUUCUAGGAUACAGACUCCCCAACUACGUAUCAGAAUGAUGUUACACACUGGUGGGACGGUUCUCAAUUGUAUGGUAGCGAUAUCCGUACAAAUAAGAAACUGCGUAGCUUUAGGAAAGGAAAAAUGAAGGUGGGAAAAGAUGGUUGGCUUCCAGUAAACCGCAAAACUGGAAUAGACAUUACUGGUGAGUUUGAAAUACGGUCACCUGAAAGUCUUCUGUUAAUUUCAGACAACAACAACCCAACUCAUGGAAUACCCAUCCUACAGGGUGUUUCAAAAGUUCGUUCCGAUUUUUUAUUCGCACUAAUUAUUUAAAAAAAAGCUUUUGUAAAACUUAGUAUGUUAUUCAUUAUUUAUUUAACAUUGAAUUACUAAAAUAUUAGUGACCAGUAUGUCUUCCUGUAUGUUUUCUGACAUUUUCUAAGCAGUGAGGUAUAGAAUGUACGAGCUCCCAAGACGUGUCCAAAGUCACAUUCUUCUAGGCGAAGCGUAGUCACUGUCUUAGCUCGUCCAGUGUUUUGGGGGCUGGAUCUUUGUAUGUUGUCUCGUCUACAAUAAUCCAGAUGGUCUCUUGGGGGCUCACAUCACAUGAGUUUGCCGGCUGGUCCUCCUUUGGUAUAAAGUUGGCAAUCCUUCUGACACUAUGCUUGCAUGAAGUGUGCACCGCCUUUUCCUCUUUUCAACUUUUUUUGGUAACAUAUCCCCUUACCGCUGUGCUCGAAACAUUGAUCGAUAAUGUGAAGUUGGAAUUUUUUUACCUCUCUGUUUUGUGGAAUUAUUAAGCGUAUACUUACAGCUUUUUCGAUAAUAUUUCUCACACAGUUUGUGAAAAAACGGCCUCGCACUCCUUGGUUUGUCCUCUAAGGUCUUUACUUUUGACCACUUGUUCGGUCAUCGUUCAGACUUCUUCAACAAUUUGACAAUUUUUUUGGACUGAAUGGCCAGAAGACCAUAAAAAUAGAUGCCUGAACUCUAGUACAAACAGUGUAGGCCUUCAUUUUCAUGAAGGAGUAGAGAAAAUGGAAGAAAACGAUAAAAAUACCAAAAUAGAAAACCUACAAAAUGGGCAGGAAAAGUAUGGCGGGAAAAACCUCGCGUACGUGUACAGUUGGCGCAAAAAUUAAAAUAUAUAUAUAAUUUCUUCAAAUUUUAGUUUGAAAUUGCUUUUAACGUUUAUUUAGAUAAAUUUGUUACCUGAAUCAGUUUACAUUUGCCUAAAGAAGCAUUAAAUGCUUUGCGCAAAAUACAAUUUACAAUCGGAACGAACUUUUGAGACACCCUGUAUGUAGCUCCUUUCAAAAGAUUCCUUUUCCAAGUUUACUGGAUAUAACUUUGGUAGGGAGAAUGCCUUGUAUUGCACAAUCCUUAAAUUAAUUUUUUAAAAAUAUACCACUUCUUGUUAGCUGCUCAAAAGGCGAGAAGUUGAUAUUUAUGAGAUAAAUAACUAUCAAAGAGAUACAUCAAAGGGUUUUGUUUUUCUAGGUAGAAAUUUAUGAGGAGUAUAAUGAUAUUAACUAUCACAUCAUUUCUGGGAGGUUUUCUGUCUGUCGGAAGGUUACUUAGUCAAUAGUUGUUUUAGACAAGGCAUUUGGUUCCCUAAUCACUCCAUGUCUUCAUCCUGGCUGGAAAAUAAAGGCGCAAUCAAACCUCGCCACUCAACGCUGUCCUAAGCUUUGGCUUUCACUUCACUCCACGUUAGACCCAUCUCCUCCCCCUCUUUCAUCACCGUUUUCCGCCAAGUCACAGGUUUUUAGCCGGCCUUUUUUCCUCCCUCUCCCAGGUGAGUUGGAGUCCAUCCAGCAAGGCAACUUUGGGUAUCCUGUCACUGGGCAUUUCGUUCCCUAAUUUCAUAGUAACAGGUUAAUAAUAGAAAGACUGUUCCUUGUGAAGAAAUGAAUCUUUGACUUCUUCUAAAGGUUUUAGCAACAACUGGUGGAUCGGUCUGAGUCUCAUGCACAACAUAUUCACAAGAGAACACAACGCUAUUUGUGAUAUGCUGCUGAAGUUCCACCCUGAUUGGUCAGACCAGCAAUUGUAUGACAUAACCAGGUAACUGAAUGUUAAAUGAAAAGAACCGCGAGUGAAUUAACCAUAUUAGGCAUGAAUAAGUUUGGUAGUCUUUUGGCACUAGGCUUGAUGAGCUGCCAAAGUUCAACUUAACAAAAAGUACUAAAGAUUUGGCAGCGCCUGAGUAAAUACUGAAAAUUGAUUAAUUUUUUUGAAAAAAAGUUCAAAAAACUGAAGUGACAUGUAAACCACUCCAUUGUUUCAGUGUAACGGCUAAUUCACUCUUGUACAGCUAUUUCUAAAAAGGUUGUCGGAAAAACUGUGCACGCGACCAUCCCAAAAGGUAAUAUGGGAUAUGAUUAAUACACCGUUCCUGACACUGUAGCUGUCGAACCUACUUUUAUUGCUUUCCUUUAGCACUCGCAAACAUACGUCCAUGGCCUCUCUUGCUAUUGUUUGAAAUUUCUUUGAAAAACAGUGAACUAAAAACCACCCACAAUAUCUUUCGGGAUUGUCGCGUGCACUUUUUCCGACAACCUUUCUCGAAAUAGCUGUAUACAGACCUUUAUUUCCAAUACUGCUAGAGAAGGCUACAACAUCUAAUUCGUGCCACUACACUAACAGUGUUAAAAACAAUACAGUCGUCAAUGCGUCGAAAUCGAUCAAUUUAGGUCGUUACUUCGAGUGAAUGCCGAAGCUGCAAACUCUCGUCAAAAAACAUAAUAAGGAAGAACAAAAGACUAGGCCACAAGACCUCUAAAGGCGGGAAAAAAAUCGAAACAGGGAGCCCAUCCGCAACAAUAUUCUCAUUAUCGAUGUCAGACCGUUGUAAAACUCCCUGAGAGCUCUUUUCCACGCCUUGCGUACCCUACAGCUCGCUAAUUCAUUGAUUUACAGUCAUUUUAUAGAUUAAGUAAUUUGAUUACGCUCUUUCGUUUUUUGCUAUACAGGUUGAUCAACACAGCCACGAUUCAGAAAAUUCACACAGUGGAAUGGACACCAGCCAUUCUAAACAACAGUGUUCUGCGCGCAGGGGUAAAUGUAAACUUUGGCUUAAGCCCAGGGAAAGAGGUUUUUGAUUGGCUUGCUGCACACAAUAUAAGUAUUGACGCGAGCGGUGCGGUAUUGAAGCCACUUGUUGGCUCUCCAAGCAAGUUUUACGGCGUCCCUUUCUCUCUGACUGAAGAAUUUGUAUCGGUGUACCGCAUGCAUCCGUUGUUACCAGACGAUCUGUACAUGCGCUCGGUUGAAACUGGACAAAGAACUGGAAAGUCAUAUUCUCUCCCCGAGUACUCUUUCAAAGGAGCUAGGGAUAUCUUGAAGAAACACAGUGUAGAUAACGUUGUAUACACAUUCGGCGUUGAGCAUCCAGGUGCGCUUACUCUUCAUAACUACCCAAAGGCCUUGAUGAACCUCAAGUUACCAAGGCAUCAACAGAACGGAGAGGUGAGAAAACCAGUAUGGUAUGGGGAGGGACUACUUCUAUAAUCACUCAUCUAGCUUAAUUGACUGGAUACUUUUCUGUGGAGCUUCGGGUCCGGGCUCGAUUCCAAGCCGGUGGUUGGGAGAAGAAAGCAGUUAACCCUUGGCCCAAACAUUUGAAAAUAGUUAGAUUUCGUAGCCAUUUCCCUCUAGCAAUGCUUUUAUCUAAUCUGACUCUGUGAGGCGUGACGGAGAUAUUUAAAGCUAUCGCUGUGAACUCUCCUUGUGUCACAUUUCUCAUCUCACGUUCACAUUGGGGCAUUCCUAAUCUAACCUUCUAUUGGCUGCGCCACAAGCAAUCUGGCAAAGAACCCCAACACAGUAUCGUAAAUUAUCCAGGAAAAUUCCAUCAGACCGAAGAGAGUGAUAAAUGAAAUAAAUCGGAGAACCCUAGAACUGUGGUGUGUCGAUCGUCAGCAGCACUUUCAUCCUACACAGAGGCUCUCCUUAGUGAAAGGCAGAGAAAUUUAAUGGCUUGUAGUGCUUUAACCUCGGACAAAACCUGUUGAGACACAUUACAAACUCGUCCUGACAAAAAUGCCUACCGUCGCAAAUUGAUGCACCAUUUCCCCUUCACUAUUCCAAUAUAUCACCAGAAAUUCACGCGUGAGUUGUUAGACCAAGACAACUUUGAACAGGGGGCCGGGAGGGGACGACUUUGUUCAGUUUAGAGGAGAUUGCAACAUGGCGCGAAAUUGAAAUAAUACAUGGAAUUGUCUCAACAGUUUUAUCCGAGGUUGUAGGUAUCCGUGGAGGAAAAGAUCAACGUAAUGAAGAAAAAACAAUUUCUUAGGAAAAAGAUAUUCUCUUUCGUUUCAGACUAUUGAUCUAGCAACCAUCGACAUUUUGCGCGAUAGAGAACGUGGCAUUCCACGAUAUAAUGAGUUCAGACGAUUGACAAACCUUCCUCCUGUGGAGUCCUUUGAAAAGCUUACGCCAAACAUGAAACAUUCCAGCCUGCUUAAGGAACUGUAUGACGACGACAUUGAGAAAUUAGACCUCCUGAUUGGUUGCCUAGCAGAGGAGCCCCGGCCUGACGGUUGUGGAUUUGGUGAAACAGCGUUUAAUAUAUUCGUUCUUAUGGCCAGCAGAAGACUACAAACUGACAGGUGAGUUGAUUGAUUGACUUGCGGAUUGAUUAAUUGAUUGAUUGAUUGAUUGAUUGAUUGAUCGAUUGGUUGAUUGAUUGGUUGAUUGAUUUACUGAUUGACUGAUUGGUUGGUUGAUUGAUUUUCGAUUGAUUUUCGAUUGAUUGAUUGGUUGAUUGAUGUUUGAUUGAUUGAUUGAUUGAUUGAUUGAUUGACGGAUGGACUGACUGACUGACCGACCGACUUACUGACUGAUUGAUUGAUUGACUACCUGACUUACUGAAGUACUGAUUGAUUGAUUGAUUGAUUGGUUGAUUGAUUAGGUUUCUACAUGACUCGAUUUUAAAAGAAUUCCAAACACCAUGCGAAAUAUAAAAAUCAAAUUUUCAUUCCUGGAAGAUCGCAAAUUGAACUAAGAAAUGAAAAUCUACAAGCUUUAACAAUCGUGAAAAUCAGAGCCAGCAGUGCAAGAAAAGAGUCUGUAUAGGGUGUAGACCAAAGUACAAUGAUUGGGGCAGAGCACUGUUUUAAAAGAGGCCCCAAGUUUGUUUUGUGUAGUCGCGGGUUCAAAUCCUCGCUCGACAAAGCUUCUAAAUUACCGACCAGUUUUAGCCCGGGUUAUAUUUGAUCAUUUACAGGAAGCCUCCCUCCUCCAUUGAAAGGGAAAAGUCCCUAAAAGGAGCUAUUAGUACCCAUUUAUUGUCCACCGUAGUGGUUCAUUCUUUAAUGUUUUUCUUUAGGUUUAUGACCGAUGAUUUCACUUCAGACAUCUACACCAAAGAGGGACUUGAAUGGAUUCAAAACGCAAAUAUGAGCAAUGUGCUUAUCCGGGCAUUCCCUGAAAUCAAAGGGCUGGAAGAAAUGUUGCAAAAUGUGGAGAAUGCGUUUUUCCCCUGGCCAGUUUGA